AUGACAGGGACUUGCAAGCCACCACAGUACGACCUGCUGACAGUCUUCCCACACCUGGUGAAGGAGCUGAACACAGGCCUUCAUGUGACGAUUCUGCUGCUCCUCCUGCUGGCGCUGGCCCUGGCCCUGGUCAGCACAGGCUUUGCCAUUCUCAACAUGAUCCAGGUCCCAUACCGUGCCGUCAACGGCCCUGGGGGCAUCUGCCUGUGGAAUGUUCUUGCAGGUGGAGUCGUGGCAUUAGCCAUCACGAGCUUCAUGGCCGCAGUGAAGUUUCACGACCUGACCGAACGCAUCGCCAACUUUCAGGAGAAGCUCUUUCUGUUUGUGGUGGUGGAAGAAGAGUAUGAAGAGUCGUUCUGGAUCUGCGUGGCCAGCGCCUCAGCUCACGCAGCAAACUUGGUCGUGGUAGCCAUCAGUCAAAUUCCCCUCCCUGAGAUUAAGACCAAAAUAGAAGAGGCGACAGUCACAGCAGAGGACAUCCUGUAUUGAUAGCCUUCUCCUGAUCACA